AGUUAUAUCACGGUCAAAGAAUAAAGAUCAGUUCAUACAUUUCAUUUUUUCACCAUAUUAUUAUUUAUUUGAUAAUUUGUCAGUAUAAACUUUUGAAGUACCAAUCUGGUAUUAUUCUAAAAAUUUCAUUAAAUUAAUAUACCUAUUAAUUGUAUCUAUUGUUACACGAUAAACAAAAAUGAAAACCAAGAUUUCAAGUUUCUUGAAAAUGACAAGAAUUAUGCGACCAUAUUAUGUACGUACAGCCACCACAUCAUCUACUGGAGCAUUAUUGCCUGAACCACAAAAAAUUCCAUUUGGGCUAGUGGGUAUAAUUUUUACAGUUGUGCCAGGGUUAUUAAUUGGAGCCACCAUAAGUAAAUACAUGGCUAAUUUUCUAGAGGAAAAUGAAUUGUUCGUUCCAUCAGAUGACGACGACGAUGACGAUUAAUAAUAUUUGAUAUUAUUUACACUUUGGAUUUUUUCUCCAGAUGAUUGUUAUUCACAUUUUUACCUUGCUCUUCUGCAUUAAUGUUAUUAAACUAUUUGAUUGUGUUAACAACUACCCCCAAUAAAUUAUUUGUAGUUUUCAUUGAAGGUAUACAAUAUAAUAUAAUUUAGUGAGGUAUAAGCUACAACUUUUUUACUAUAAAUCUAGUCAUUUAAAUAUUUGUAUUAUUAAUUGUAUGUAAAAAAUGUUUGUGUUUUAUUAUUUUAGUGUGCCUAUGCCUAAGUAUACUAUCAUUACUUAAUGAAAAUUGAAGAAAGAAAAAUUAUAUUUAAGAUAAUUCUUAAUCAGUUUAUAUAAAUUAUAAUCUAUAUUCUAUCACAAAUCAGAAUUAGGUACUUUAAUAAUUUGUAUACAUUUUCUUAUUUCAAUAUUAAAUAUCUUUAGAGUUUAGAUUUUUAGUUAUAUGGUUAUAUAAAUCUUUUGUAAUAUCUUACAUUCUCAAUUUUAUUAUAUGAUAACAAUAUAAAAUACAUGCUUCUAUCAAUAUACAG